AUGGGGGGCAAGAGCGGAGGAAGACGGCACUUAGCACUACUAGCUCAUCGUGAGGAGUGCGGUGCCCUGGCUCUCCGGAGCCACAAGACUCCGCUUUAUGCAUCCAGUAUAGACAAGAUGUCCUUCGGCCUUCUCCGUGUGUUCUCCAUUGUGAUCCCCUUUCUCCAUGUCGGGAUGCUAAUUAGCAAGAACUUUGCCGCUUUACUUGAGGAGCAUGAUAUUUUUGUUCCAGAGGAUGAUGAUGAUGACGACUAA